AUGAUGGUGGGGUCCGACCAGAUCAGCGAAUUCUGCAGGGCGCUCGGGGGCGACACGCCGAUACGCAGCGUGCUGGUCGCCAACAAUGGGAUGGCCGCCGUCAAGUUCAUGCGCAGCAUCCGCGCCUGGGCCUCCGAGACCUUUGGCACCGACAAGGCCGUCCUCCUGGUGGCCAUGGCUACCCCGGAGGAUCUCCGGGCCAAUGCGGAGCACGUGCGGAUCGCCGACCAGUUCCUGGAGGUCCCUGGUGGAACCAAUAACAACAAUUAUGCAAAUGUGCAGCUCAUUGUCGAGAUAGCAGAGAGGACCCGGGUUUCUGCAGUUUGGCCUGGCUGGGGUCAUGCCUCUGAGGACCCAGAGCUUCCGGACGCGCUGGAGGACCUUGUAAAUCUAUUUUUGAUAUUAAUAUGGAGGUUUACGGGAACUAACUUUUGA